AAUAAUACAAACCUAAUAUCUGGAUCAUCUUCACGCUUCUUAUCCUCGGAUAAAUAUUGCAGAUCAGCCGGCAACUUCUCAUUAUCCUCAUCGUCAAACUCCUCAGGCCCAGCCAAGGGCAACAAGAGUCUUGGAAGUAUAUCCACAUCGUCACUCAGCAACCAUUCAUGAUACUCCGAGUCAAAACAACAAUUUUUCAAGGUGUUUACAGAGAUAGGCAACCCAAUAUACACAUACAGUGUGUUUAUACAGUCUAUUUUUAUCGUUGACAUCUUCGACGCCAUUUCUCCAACCCCGACGGUUUUCAUCUCGUCGGAAUUCCACAAGAAAAUCACUGAAUAUAUACAUAAAAUUAUAUUUACCUGUGCAAUUCGUGGCGUACGGUGACAAUGGAAGGCUUAGCAAAUUACGGCAGUGAUGACGACUAUGAAGAUUCUCCACAACGCUCGCAUGAAUCAGAAGUGGCGAAGAAACCCAAGCACAAAACACCAGGUGAAAAACGCGACCGGGACAACUAUGAAGACGUCGGCAUGGAUCUCAGUGAGUUGAGGUGCUUUGGGCCUCAACAAUCUCGUGCUCAAUCGUUCGUACACACUUCACAAUCGAUGGAAUUGCGUUGUUUAUUAAGAAUCUUCCAAGAGCAGCAAAAGCGUCGUUUCCAGUCCGAGUCACACUCCCCGAAGAGUAGUCGGCAAGUUUCACUCCUAGAAGAAAAGAAAAUCACUGAGAAGCAGGAGAAAACACGAAGUCGCAGUCGGAGUCGAAGCAGGAGUGGGAAUAAUAGACGUGAGAGAAGAAAACGUAGUAAAUCACGCAGUGAUACGAAAAGCAGCAGUAAAAGUAGAAGCAAGUCGAGAAGUCCGACGAAUCGUAAUCACAGUCGACGUAAAGAUGACAAACAUCGUGAUCGCGAGCGUGAUAAAUACCGACAGGAGCGUGAUUCGCGUGGUAGGAAUAGUUAUCGCCAUAGGAGUCGAUCCAGGGAGAGAGAUUCUGCAAAGGAUUCUUCCAGGCGCCAUAGAGAUAAACGUGAGAAUCGCGAUUAUCGUGAUUCACGUGAUUCUCGUGAUACUCGUGAUAAUCGCGAAUAUGCUCCUAAAGAUCGUUAUUCUAAGCGCUUUGAACGUGCGAGUAAUAAACUCGCACACUUGGAAAAGAUGGGUAUUGAUGUGAAUAAAUCCCAGGAUAAGAAACAAGAUAGUUUCUAUCAGGCACAGAAUCCAAGCGGGUUGAAUCAAAAUGUUGCGCCUUCUGCCACGCAGACAACUAGUGAGGAUAGAUUGUUGCCUCCUGGUGUUACUGGAAGGCUCAGGGAGCAAAUGGAAAGACGCAAAGCGCUCUGGCAGAAGAAACCGGAGCCUGAUGUGCAGGAUGUUCAGCAGGUGCAGCAGGUACAGGCGAAUACAAGUGGGAAAGUGUGGCAGGCGACUACAUUUGCACAUGAUCAAGAAGGUAAACAAGCGAAUAAAUUCAAACGGCUGAUGGGAAUCCGGGAAGCUCCUACCUCUGCAAAUGAUAAAUCGACUGAUUCAAUGGCGAAGAAGCAGGAGGAGCUGUUCUCGUCAAUGGAGCAGCAGUAUGAAGUUGCACGCACUGCAACGCAUACUAUGCGAGGCGUCGGGUUGGGUUUCGGUAGUUAUCAGAGGUAAACUAAACUAAUGAUGUCUGUAAGAUGUUGUUUUAGAAGAAAUGUUAUUAAUAUUAAUAUUUCUCGUAUGGAUUUUAUUCUUGAUUUGAAUUGUUACCGAUCAUUACUUUCAAUACUUGUGUAUUUGAUUUGAAAUAAGUAUUAAAUGUAGUACAACACGUGACAA